AUGGCUGACUCCCCAGCCAAAGCCGACGGCGGCUCCGAGCGGAAGUCGGCGGGCUACAAGUCGUGGAAGAAGAAGUACCGCAAGAUGCGCAUCGCCUUUGACAAUGAGAUGCACGUGUGCGAGGAGCUGCACAAGCAGGAGGCCAAGGCCGCCAACACGGUGAAGCGCCUGGCCAUUGAGAAUGACCGACUGCUGGACCUUCUCCUCGAGGUCAACAAUUCUCCGCAGAUCCCCCCCGACCGACAGAUAGACCUGUCUCUCAAGCCACCCGCAGACGAGGGCGCCCUCUGCCUGCCCAUCGACCGCGACCACAGCAAGCACAAAGAAGCAGCCAUGAAGAAGCUCGAGCAGCUGCUCAACGACAUCCCCCAUUCGACGUACGGCUCGGCCAAAAAGUCCAAUCCGGCGUUCCUCGAGGACCUGGGCGCCCCCGAUGGCGAGUCCCAUCCCGCACACUUCCUCUCCGCCGACGACAUCGACGACUACAUCUACCUCAUCGACUCUAGCAUCGACCCCGACUCUUCCUUGCCCACCAUGGCGCCGCUGGCCCAUCCCAGUGCCCGCCCUCCGCCCAACCCCCAGACCAAGAAUCCUACUAGUGUGACGAAUUGGCUGCGGAAGCAUGCGCCCAAAAUCUUCCUCCAAGACGGGGAGACGCAUGGCGACGGCGACGACGAGGCAGCAGGCACGGGCGGCGGCGGAGGCAGCGGCCACGCCAGCGCGCGCAACAAAGGCGGCAGCAAGGCCAAGAAGCCCAGCGCAAAGGCCGUUGCGGCGGCGGCGGCCGCAGCAGCAGCAGCAGCAGCAGAGCGCGGCGACGGCGACGCCAGCAUGGACGACGACGGCGACUUUGGGGCGACGCCCGCGACGGGCCGCAACAGCAAGCGCAAGAGGGAGGACGACGGCGGAUACAAGCCUCGCGGGUCGUCGAGCCGGCCGUCUAAGAAGAAGCGCAAGAGCGACGUCGAGGCGACGCCCACGGCUCGCAAGUCCAAGAAGGAUGCCGCGGCGAAUAGCAAGGAUGACUAG